AUGGUGGACAAGGGAUUUGGCUCUACUGGGACCUCCAAUAUAUUUUGCUCUCUAAAUCUUGGUACCCGACCCCUAUUGAAGCUCAGGAUUGAAGGAAAAACUAUAUCUGGUCUCCUAGAUACUGGUGCUGAUCAUAGUAUCAUCAGUAUCAGAGAUUGGCCCUCUUGUUGGCCUAAGCAACAGUCACAAGAAACUCUGAGAGGACUCGGGUACUCUCAGAUGCCUGAAAUGAGUUCCCGCUUCCUAUAUUGGAAGGACGAGGAAGGACAUUCUGGCCAGUUUCAGCCAUAUGUGUUGGCUGUUCUGGUCUCUCUGUGGGGCCGUGAUAUGAUGACUCAGAUGGGCUUUGUUCUGACUAAUGAAGGAGGCUAUGGCAGCAAGGCCUGUGACAUGAUGCUGGACAUGGGAUAUAUUCCCAGAAAACGGUUAGGGCAAUUUCUGCAAGGUAGAACCUCUCCAGUGCCGGUUUGCAAAAAGAAUGAUCAGGCUGGACUGGGUUUUUCCUAG